AUUUUUCAACAGUUUGCAAAAAAGUUUCGUUUAUUUGCUGCUUUUUUUCGCACACACAGCGCCGCAGUCUGCGUUUGUUGUCGCUGGCGCUUGGUACAUGCCGUCGGAGCGACGGAGCGCGCGCGCGUAUCUCAAAGAUACAUUUCACAAUCACGUAAAUCUGAGCCCCAUUGCCGGCUGAUCUCUGCCCAGUGCCCUGGCUGCGUGCCCUGUGCCUAAGCGUACGUUGAACUGCGACUUUUUGUUUAACAAUACGGCAAAUAAAUAAGAGGGCGAAAAGCCUACAAAAGAAAAGAUAUAAAAAAAAAAAAAAAAAAAACAAAAUAAAAAUAAAAGAAAACGAAAUCAAAUCAAAUAAAAAAGUUGUAAAAACGUAAAUCGGCUGUUGUCAACGUAUUUUAGCCGGCCUAAGCUUAUCUACAAAAACAAAGACAGAGGAAUUUGGGAAGAUGCUGAAACGGAAGAGCGGAAAACCUAUUGAUAGGAAAGGCAGCUAAGUGCCUUGGGAUAGAUAGUGGCUCUAGACCGAGCCCUGAUCUAAUGGCUUUGGAAUGUUUCGUUGAGAUAAGCAGCAAUUCGUUGUCCUGGCUGGGUAUAAAUAGUCGACGUAGACAGCGAUUGAGACACAGUUCAUUUGAAGCUCUCAAGAUGAAUACUCUGCGACUUGUUGCUCUCCUGCUUGUGGUGCUCACUGCUCAGGCAAGCACUAUCCGCAAAGCCGAAGUGCCGAAUACGAAGAAUACUGUCCAAAAGUCACGGCCUAAGGUUGAGUUACCCCAAGGGGCAAGGAAGCCUAUUCAUAUCCAGGCCCCCAAUGAAGCACAGGCUACGGAGGAUUCACCGGUGGCUGGAAACCCUGAGCAAUCGUCGCAACCUAAGGUAGAGGUUCCCAAUGUGAUCUCUCCUGUUCAGUCUGUGGAGCCCAAAGCAGAACUGCCGAGUGUGAUCUCUCCUGUGCAGCCAGCCAUCGAACAAGCCCAACAACCCAUAGCUCAGGAGGCAUUUGCUGUUCCCCCGGUGGCAGCUGGCCCUGUGCAAUCCCAGCCACAGUCAGUCGAAGCGCCAGUCAAUGUAGUCCCUCAGAUUGCCUCGAAUCCUGAGCCGUCGGUAGUGCAAGGUAAUGCGAUCCCCCAGGUGGCUGAGAAUCCCGUGGAGCCAGAGCAGUCUAAGCCAGAGGAAAUCAAUAGAGUCGCUCCAGAGCCGAAGAUUCCCAAUAUAUCGAUUGGAGCUAACGUAGUCAGCUUUGUUCCCAGUAAAGUCCAGGCGCAAGCAGCGCCAGUUGUGGAAAGUGAGAUUCCCGUGCGAUCUGAGGCACACAAAAUCGCUAAACCUUCCGCGGAAAAUGCUGAAAAAGUCGUAGGCAAAGUGGAGGGCAGCGACAACCAAGUUGUAGAUCAGGUGCAAGCUGAGCCGCGCGGGUUCUUCGGCGUGAGAUACCCUCAGGCGUAUUAUGUCGUCAAUCCGGGAUUCAAUGGUACGUUCGUACAGCAGCCCUAUGUAAAGCCGCCUUUCGUACCAUUCCAACCUAACUUCGGCGGCCACAAAGGCUACUACUACGUCCUGCCCAACAACACCAACCAGACCAUAUACUACGGAUACCACAACAAAUUUGGUGGUUAUCCCAUAGGAGUUGUUCCUGGCAAUGUGACGGUUCACACUCAUGCUAAGCCCGGCUACUUCCCCUUCCCUCUGAGACCAAUACCCUUCUGGAAGUCCGAUGAGGCAGAAAACAGCAGCAGCAACAACGAUGUACCUCUCUUCAUUCCCUACUAUCCGCAAGAUUAUUCUAGCUACGACGCCCCAGACUUUAUUGUAAAUAAUGAACGUGUACCCGUGGGUCAGGCCCAGGGUCAAAGCCAAGGUCAGGGCCAGGGCGCCCAACAGCAACAACAGCCGAAGGAGCUUCAGCUGAUUGGCCACAUCUACAUUUAUAAAACACCCAAAACCGGCGGCAAUCCAAGACCAGCAGCGGAUGAAAAUGUGGGUAACUUUGAGGAAUCUGAUUUCAGAGUCAAUGAGCCAUUCGGCAACACUCAGCUGCUGCUGCAGCCGGUUUAUCCUGCCAACGGCGGCAACAAUAACAAUAACAACGAUAACAUCCCCAAUCAGAUCAACGAGAUCUAUAAAAGCCUGCAUCUGGUGCAUCCGUCGCUCCAACAGCGUUCCCAAUCACCUGCCCAAAGCGAGGAUAGCUCCGUGUUCUUUGCCGUGGAUAUACCCAAGCCAAUCUAUCGCUUCUUCAAAUCCAUCUUUGGCGCCUUUUCGAAGUAAAUAAGAUGACCUGAAAGAACUAAGAGCUCAACAACAACAACAUCAACAACAACAACAACAACAACAACCACAACAACAACAACAACUAUAAUGAAUCGCCCCUCUUUGUAUUAGUAAUAUAAGUUAAUUUUAAGUCGCGCACUUCAGUAAAAACAUUCUACUCACAAUAUAUGACUUUCAAUGGGUUGCGAUAAGAAUUUAAAGAUCAAUUCUGAAUUGAAAGAUAUU